CCGAGUGGGCAACGCGGCGUGAGCAGCGGCCCCAGGCUCCUGGAGCAUCGCGCUCGGAGAAGACUUCGCUGCUCGGGGCCGCAGCCUGUGUGAUCUCAUCGCCGCCCUGUCGUGACUUCAUCAAUGUCGUGUUGUGACCUGGCUGCGGCGGGACAGUUGGGCAAGGCGCGCGUCAUGGCCUCGGAUUGCGAGCCAGCUCUGAACCAGCCGGAGGGCCGAAACCCCACCCUGGAGCGCUACCUGGGAGCCCUCCGUGAGGCCAAGAAUGACAGCGAGCAGUUUGCAGCCCUGCUGCUAGUGACCAAGGCAGUCAAAGCGGGUGACAUCGAUGCCAAAACUCGGCGGCGGAUCUUCGAUGCUGUGGGCUUCACUUUCCCCAAUCGUCUCCUGACCAGCAAGGAGGCACCGGAUGGCUGCCCUGACCAUGUCCUCCGCGCCCUGGGUGUGGCCCUGCUGGCCUGCUUCUGCAGUGACCCUGAACUGGCCGCCCACCCCCAGGUCCUGAACAAGAUCCCCAUCCUCAGCACCUUCCUCACAGCCCGGGGGGACCCCGAUGACGCUGCCCGCCGCUCCAUGGUCGACGACACCUACCAGUGCCUGACGGCUGUCGCGGGCACACCCCGAGGGCCCCGGCACCUCAUUGCUGGUGGCACCGUGUCUGCACUGUGCCAGGCAUACCUGGGGCACGGCUAUGGCUUUGACCAGGCCCUGGCACUCCUGGUGGGGCUGCUGGCCGCCGCGGAGACACAGUGCUGGAAGGAGGCGGAGCCUGACCUGCUGGCCGUGUUGCGGGGCCUCAGCGAGGAUUUCCAGAAAGCUGAGGAUGCCAGCAAGUUUGAGCUCUGCCAGCUGCUGCCCCUCUUCCUCCCCCCGACAACCGUGCCCCCUGAAUGCCUCCGGGAUCUGCAGGCCGGGCUGGCACGCAUCCUGGGAAGCAAGCUGAGCUCCUGGCAGCGUAACCCUGCACUGAAGCUGGCAGCCCGCCUGGCACACGCCUGCGGCUCUGACUGGAUCCCGGCGGGCAGCUCCGGGAGCAAGUUCCUGGCCCUGCUGGUGAAUCUGGCCUGUGUGGAGGUGCGACUGGCCCUGGAGGAGACGGGCACGGAGGUGAAGGAGGAUGUGGUGACCGCCUGCUAUGCCCUCAUGGAGCUGGGGAUCCAGGAGUGCACCCGCUGUGAGCAGUCCCUGCUGAAGGAGCCACAGAAGGUGCAGCUCGUGAGCAUCAUGAAGGAGGCCAUCGGGGCUGUCAUCCACUACCUGCAGCAGGUGGGGCCGGAGAAGCAGAAGGAGCCCUUUGUGUUCGCCUCGGUACGGAUCCUGGGUGCCUGGCUGGCCGAAGAGACCUCGUCCCUGCGCAAGGAGGUGUGCCAGCUGCUGCCCUUCCUCGUCCGCUACGCCAAGGCCCUCUACGAGGAGGCCGAGGAGGCCAAUGACCUCUCCCAGCAGGUGGCCAACCUGGCCAUCUCCCCCACCACCCCAGGGCCCGCCUGGCCGGGGGAUGCUCUUCGGCUCCUUCUGCCCGGCUGGUGCCACCUGACUGUCGAGGAUGGGCCCCGGGAGAUCCUGAUCAAGGAGGGGGCGCCCUCACUUCUGUGCAAGUACUUCCUACAGCAGUGGGAGCUCACGUCCCCCGGCCAUGACACCUCGGUGCUGCCGGACAGCGUGGAGAUCGGCCUGCAGACUUGCUGCCACAUCUUCCUCAACCUCGUGGUCACCGCACCAGGGCUGAUCAAGCGCGACGCCUGCUUCACGUCGCUCAUGAACACCUUGAUGGCGUCGCUCCCCGCGCUGGUGCAGCAGCAGGGGAGGCUGCUCCUGGCUGCCAACGUGGCCACCCUGGGCCUCCUCAUGGCCCGGCUCCUCAGCACCUCUCCAGCCCUCCAGGGAACGCCAGCAUCCCGAGGCUUCUUUGCAGCCGCCAUCCUCUUCCUCUCACAGUCCCACGUGGCGCGGGCCACGCCUGGCUCAGACCAGGCAGUGCUGGCACUGUCCCCUGACUACGAGGGCAUCUGGGCCGACCUGCAGGAGCUCUGGUUCCUGGGCAUGCAGGCCUUCACAGGCUGCGUACCACUGCUGCCCUGGCUAGCCCCCGCCGCCCUGCGCUCCCGCUGGCCGCAGGAGCUGCUACAGCUGCUGGGCAGCGUGAGCCCCAACUCCGUCAAGCCCGAGAUGGUGGCCGCUUACCAGGGUGUCCUGGUGGAGCUGGCACGGGCCAGCCGGCUGUGCCGGGAGGCCAUGAGGCUGCAGGCUGGCGAGGAGACAGCCAGCCACUACCGCAUGGCGGCCUUGGAGCAGUGCCUGUCUGAACCCUGAGGGGUGCCUGCUGGGGACAGACCGGGGGCGGGCAGCGAGGGAAGGAGGGAGGAGGCAUCUUCCCUGAAGCCCCCAGACCGGACCCCCUCCCCAGACAUACCCCCAAACACCCCAGCUUCUGGCUUUUCCAAGGGCAAGGGCAUAGUGCCCACCCCUCAAGUGUAAGGAACUGCGUUCCGCCCCCAGGUCUCCACAGGGGUAGGGAAAUCGACGUGGUUGUCCCCGCUGGGCCGGGGAAGGUUGGAGCAGCCCCGGGGAGGGGCACACGAGGUGACAUUGUGCCUGAUGCCUGGCUCCCCAGGAGAAGGGAGGCCCCAGGGUAGGACAGGGCUGGCAGAGACUGACUGGCUCAGCCCAUGUGCCCUGCCGGCCAGGGCGUGGGCUCCCCUAGGCUGUGGGGCCCCCCCGGUCCACGUCCCUGACAUCGGCCCUUUGGCUCUUGCCCUCGGCCUUGGGCAGAACAGGCUCAGGCCUCUGACAUCGCAGUUCUUCCUAUCGACUUAAGUGACCCAGGCUCUGAGCUGCCCCAUCCUGCCAGGACAUCCUGGGGCAGACAAGCCUGGUGUGGGGAGGGGGACCUCCUUCCACCCGAGCUUCCUCGAGGGGACCCAGGAGUCCUUGGACCCAGGUCUCUCCGCUUCUGUGUCGUGUUGCAGCAGAGUGACGAUGGGGGUUGGGGUUAUUUAUUUUGCCUGUCCUUACCCCAGCUUAGACACCUGAGCAUCUAAGCUGUCCCCCUGGCGUGGUCUGGCCUGGCUGGAGCCAGGAACAGGGGACACGUCCCCAGAAUCCGCAUGUUCUCCCAGUAAUUGCACCCCUUGCCACCAUGGUGCCUGGCUUUACCUCCCACCCCUGCUAUGACUCCUCUCUGCAGAGACGCGACUGGCGCUCCAGCAGGGACUACCUUUCUUAGGAACCCAGGGGGACCUCCCUACACGCCCGAUCCCUUGCUUCCCUCCCCCAGUGCGUUCUGUGAUCGCCGAGUUCAAAGCUGUGCACAUGUGGACACUCAAUAAAUGUUCAUUGGUGACUCGAACCUCC